GCGGCUCCUCGAAAGGCUUCGGUGCAACUGCAGCCCAUCCUCUCCACCAUCGCUGUGUGUUCCAGUCCAAAACAGGCUUCUUCCUGCGCCAGCAUCCACAUCUUGGCCGCGACCCGACCGAGAACAGCACCACCACGCAGCAUGGCGUCUGCCUCGUUCCGCGACUCGAUGAACUCUCUAGGAUGGACCAGAAGAGAUCCCGAUGUUCCCGUGAACACCGCGCCGCCCACCCUGAUGGGACGGCUUCAGAACUUGAACCCCUUCGGGUCGGGGGGCUAUGUCAGGCUGCCGACCUCGAAUGAUGGACCCGGAGCACCUCUACCCGCACCAACGAGGAGAGAGGAAGAAGAAGGGUUCUUUGCCCUGAGUCGAUGGGACCGCAUGCUGAUCUUUGGCGGGUUGCUGCUUGCGUCGGUAGCGUUGUUUGCUACCUGCAUUGGACUUAUGUUCACACCCAUCUUCAUCGCUCGGCCAAGCAAAUUUGCCAUACUUUGGUCGAUGGCUAGUUUACUCUUCCUAUGCGCCUGGGGCGUCUUGAUGGGUCCUUUGACUUACAUCCAACAUCUUGUGUCUGGGCCUCGACUACCCUUUACGGCGGCUUACUUUGGCACCAUUGCCCUCACACUCUACUUUAGUCUGGUGCUCCAAAUGUUCAUCCUCACAUUCAUUGCUACCGUUGCACAGCUGGUAGCCCUCGCCUUCUACACGGUAUCAUACUUCCCCAUGGGCUCCACGGGCCUGCGAUUUGCUGCACGCUUUGGGGGAAACCGCGUCGCCGCCUGGAUGAAUGACUGAGCCCAGGCAGCGCAACUGGCACCGAGUAUGUCGUGUCUGGGUGGCGCGGUGUCUGGGCGGAGCGACGCGUCGUGCGUCGCGUCUUUGUUACGAAGCAAACACACCUUUCCGGGGCAUCAAACCGGUCAAGUAGAA